AACGUGCACUUGCGCUGCGAAUCAACGGCUGUGCAUCAUCUGCUGAGCAACUAUCAUGAUGGCGGGGUGGGAUUGCACGAUGCCCAUAGCUGUAUCAAGACAAAUUAAGGCUUUUGUCAAUAAUUUAUUUCCCAAGACGAGAACCCAGACGCUACUCUUUUCUCUUUUCUUCAGCGUUUUUCACAUUAAGGACGAUGAGAAGUAGAUGAAACUAGGGAAUAUAUCAUCGAUAAAUCAUCUAAAAAAAGUGUCCGGAACAAGCGAAGAGCUGGGUCCCACCGACACAAGCAGCGGAGCCGAAAAAGGCGAGCUUGGGGUGCUGCUAGUUAUGCAGAACAUCAAACAGAAUGUUUUUAUUACGUAGAAGGGGGAAGGGGAACUACGUAUUCAUCUACUACAUCUUAUUCUAUUCCAGGACAAGAGUUGCAUGGAAGUCGCACUACAGGAACAUACACAAGAAUAGAUGAUACAUGAGAACGAUAAAC